CACUACUAUAUAACAAAUAAUUUGAGAAAAUGACAUGAAAUGAAAUAAGAGGUAUCAGUGCUAAAGUGUGUGGCCGCUAAAGAGAAGGAGGUAACUAGUGAUGGGGGACUCAAAACAGCAGAUGGAAACGUUUAUAAACAACGUACUAGAGAUCCCUUAUGAUCAUGACAAGCUACAGCCGUUACUGAGUGCACGUGACAUGUUGCAAUAUGCAGAGGAGGAGCUGGUGUGUAUCAUAACACAGAUCUACAUGGAGGAGAAGAAGGUCCUACCACGUGACACCUCCAGCUCUAUAGCUCAGAACAUGGAGCUCAGACGCAAGAUAGUUACUAAAAACAGCAGCAGGAUAGCAGUGGUGUACCUUGUAGAUGUGUGGGAGCGGAUAAGUGGUAACCUGUAUCUUGGAUCUGGAGACCAAUGGAAAGAGUUCUGCAACUCCUUUACUGCAACUGUUAUGAGGAACUUAGGCCUCGUGAUGACCGGAAAGUUGGGAUGUGAUUUAGAAACGGGUCUAAUCCAAUCCUCGCCACUUUCCUGUCUGUUUAUCAGAAACCACCAAAGUUUCCCUCUACCAAUCCCUGAACGGGAGCGUUUUGCAGAGCAGUUAAUUCGCGCUACCCAGAAUACUGGCACCUUUAAUCAUAUAUUUAACACACUGUUGUUCGAUCACAUGGGCAGAGCCAAGAACAACAACAUUCUUGACGCUAAUGUUUGCGAUGUUUACUAUGCACUCGAAUGUUUGACUGCUAUCAAAAUAACCGCAUGUAGACCAAUUGUUUCCCUCAUUUCGGGGUUGGAGGUGUGGUGUCCAGAACUUAUAAAAAACGGCAGACAGUUGGAAAAUUAUUCAUUUCUGGGACCUUUGUUGGGGCUGUCUGGGUAUUUUGAGGAGAAUACAAAGAUAGAGAAGAACAAGGAUUUAGAGGUGGAACAGUUAAAACACGACCUACCUCCCAUCGUCAGGGAAACACGUGACAUUAUGUUUAAGAUUGUUUACAACUUGCUACUUCCUAAAGAUAAUCGUGAUAAGGUCCUCUGCUAUUUUGCCCGUGUAUUGAACAUGAAUGCUAAAAAAAGUGGCAUUCAGGCUAAAGAGGACGUUCUGUCCAGAGAUGGGUUUAUGCUGAAUUUUUUGUCUGUUAUCCUCGACUUGUCUGCUAAGGUGGUGGUGGAAAAGGUGGAUAAAAACUAUUUCCAAAGUCCAAACUGCAGGCUAGAUUUUAGUGAAGUUACCCGCGUUAACGCUACAUCUGAGGAGGCUGACGAGUUUUCAAAAACCCUCAUUGGAGUAAGACAGCCUAAUUUUAGCACUGAAUGCUUCUUAAUGGCAAUAUAUUCGGUACACUUAUCUCUCCUUCCUGCGCUCAGGAAACAAGUUACUCGUGUACAGCGUAUUAAGGAUCUCACUAACAUGAUCAAAGAUACUACCAGAAAUGGUCGUCCUGCAGCCGGCAGUCGGGCUGAACUUCAGCUUAAAAUAGGAGAGGCCAAGUUAGAAAGCUGGAAGAAGGCUGAGAAAAUAGCACAAAUAACGACUUUUGAGACAGAACUGCUGCAAAAGUUCGCUGAGUUUUACGGCAAAGUGUGCCUGUGGGUCCUAUCAGUUAUUGACCCUGAUCGACUGUGGGCCAACUGUGGUACUGAGAAACUCCCCAACAACAAACUUCUUGACACCCUACCUGAGUUCAUUCUGGACGAUAUAGCAGACGUGUUGAUACAGUCGUCUCGCUUCCGUAUCAACCUGCUGGGUAACGUGAACAUAGCACCAGUGUGCCAACUUAUACAGGUGUGUGUGUGUCACCCCCACUUCUUUAGGAACCCUUAUCUAGUGAGUAAACUGAUAGAGGUGAUCUACAUGCACAGUCCUGAUGUACAAGGUACUAGUACCCCCCUCUUCGAGAAGAUAAUAACUCCCUCUAGUUCGGAGCAGUUCCUGUUACCCGCCCUGCUCGACUUUUACACAGAGGUGGAGAGUACAGGCACUUCCAGUGAGUUCUAUGACAAGUUCUCCAUACGAUACCACAUUUCUAUCAUCACUAAAACCUUGUGGUUCGCUUCUAACACCACUCACAGGCUAACUUUAAUGCAAUGUUUAGAGAACACAAAGUACACCAGGUUUAUCAACAUGUUGUUGAAUGAUACUACAUUCCUGCUGGAUGAAAGUAUAGACUCGUUGCGGUCUAUCCGUGAUACACAGAAGCUCAUGUCAGAUACGGGUAAAUGGGAGGGUCUCCCCGAGGAAAGUAAAACACAGAAGCUGAACCAGUUGAAGCAGGAUGAGCGACAAUGUAAGAGUUACCUGACGUUGGCUAACGAAACAGUGCAAAUGUUUCACUAUCUCACGCAGAGUAUCCAGGGACCAUUCCUGCGUGCUGCUCUUAUAGACCGUGUGGCUGCCAUGUUGAACUACAACUUACAGCAGCUGUGUGGACCUAAGUGCGCUGAUCUCAAAGUGCAGGAUCCUCAGAAAUAUGGGUUCCAACCCAAGGAGCUUGUGCAGCAAAUCACAGAUAUCUAUAUUAACUUGGAUAGUCCCGUGUUCUUGAACGCAGUAGCAGGUGACGAGCGUUCCUACAAACCAGACCUAUUCACGCUAGCCAUUACUCGACUUACCAAUGCUGCCAUCAAAUCAUCAUAUGAAAUAGCAGCAUUUUCUGAAUUUGCUGACAAAGUGAAAGAGAAAUGGGAGGAGAAACAAGCCAUGGACCUGGACUUUGAGGACGCGCCAGAUGAGUUCAGAGAUCCGCUGAUGAGCACCAUGAUGAGAGAACCAGUCUUGCUUCCUAGCGGCGUUAUCAUGGACAAGCCUAUAAUAGAGAGACAUCUCCUCAACAGCUCUACAGAUCCCUUUAACAGACAGCAUCUUACUGCUGACAUGCUCAUUCCUGAAACUGAGCUUAAGGGGAGGAUAGAGGCGUGGAUUAAAGAAAAGCUGGGAAAGUAGAUAAUGUGGCCUAAUUAGUUUAUUAACUAGUGACGGUAACUAAUUAGAUGAUUAAUUAAUCAACCUUAAUGUUUGAGAUAGAAGUUGUUGCAAUGGUGAUAAAGUAUUAUAUAUGCAAUAUUUAAGCUGGAAUCUUAAAAUUGGGUCUAGAUAAAUUAGAUUAUGAUUGGGAAUCUGAGCUUUAUAUUUUGGAGCUCUCAUAUUUUGGAUCAUUUAAUAAUGUUAUAUGUCUCCAGUAUUACCUUUGUAAGACACCCAGUUAAUUGGAAUUGCGUUGUUUUGCAAUAAUGAAGAACAGUUAUGUAGCACAUUAGACAGUGCGUCUUAAGAGAAUGGUAUUUUCUAACAUCAAUUUCAUGAUUAGACACCAUUACUUCCUGCUGGAGAGGUUAUUUGUUUAAAGUUUAAACACGUAGAAAUAUUUGAAUAUGUUGCGUGGCUGAUGCAACAUGGUUGAUACAGGUCUCGAAACAAAUGCGUUUCACCUACAAAGCUGAAGUCUGUUGAGCAACAGUUCAAGAAUGCGUCCUUCUCUUUGAGUAAAUGUAUUGAAGUCACUUGAAGUCACUUGAAGUGAAACGGGGUCAAUUGCUGCACUGUCAGCUACAGUUAAAUAGAUGGAAACUCUAAAGAUAUAAAAACUUAUUAUUUAAAUUCACCGUAACUUAAAGCCAGAUUGGCGCUUCUAUGUAAUUGUUAGAAGUAAUAUAUUUCUGUCCAUGUUUGAUUUAUUUAGUUUCCUCGGUCCUCAGUUGAGCUAUUUUACAUUGGAAUAGUUACGAUGACAGUUAACCUCUACAUAAAUUGUUCUAUUUAUUUCGUGUUGUCAAAAUGGGGAAUUUUCUAGUCUUGAUAUUUGCCAAUUGUAAGAUAGCUGUUUUACUUCUUUGUAUUGACAGAGUCUGCUUCGAAAAAUCCAGACUUCUUUAUUCGCAUGCAUGAUUGAAAAAGAUUCAUUGAGCCAAAGUAAAUAAGGAAAUUCCCACGUCUAUUGCUAGUUUUUGGAGUUCAACUAUGAUUAAAGUCCAUAUUAUUCCAUGCACUGUAACUGCGCGCGCUCGUAUAUAACGUACGUCGGUACGUACGUACGUGCAUAACAUGCGUCGCGUCAUGAUUGACUUAAAUACUGCAUUUAUAGUCUGUCAACGGUUGAUACUGCAUAGUCUGUUAACGGGUGAUACUCGUAAAGCAUUUGUUUCAAAUAACCUUAAACAACCUCAGGGCCUCUUCACAAGAAUUUUUUUUAAUUUGGGCGAGCGAUUUAGUGGGAGCGGUUGAAGUUUGGAUACUGAGGCCAAUUCACCACCAAACAUGUAGAAAAUCGCCAGAAAUAUCUCAGUCGCUGAUUUUCACAGUAGUGAAUUCGUUUUCAAUUCGAUAUAACUUCUGUC